UCUGAUUGCUUAGUCUGUCUUUUUCCUAUUUGAGUGUCACUGAGAAACUGUUAAGAAGGAAGACUGGUUUUCUUUCUAUGACAAGACUAAGCCAUGGUUAACAUGUGACUUGUCUAUAUUCUGCAGGUGCUACUAUGAGAACUCAGAAAACCAGCUUUGUUUUGUUUUAUUUUUUUGGAAUAAUGGACUUGCUUUCUUAGGAGGGCAGGAAGGGACUAUUUUCACAGGUGAAGAAAAUAUCCAUUUCUGAACAUUCACAUAAUUUCAGGUAGCAUUACUUUUUUCAGCAAUUGACAGAAUGGGGGACUAAGGGCAGAACUGAAAUAAACGCCUCAGAGAGGACUGUUACACAGAACAGCCGAUUUCUUUUGUUCAUAGCAGCUAUUCCUGUUGCUUGACAGGUAUAGCAAUUUGGAGGUGGGAUCUCUUAUAACUGAAAAGUAUGCUCUUCAUUUCUUCCCUCCCCACAGUAACACAGAAAACUGCAUUGCAGUUCUUAGCUGUGUAGGUGCGGGCCCUUGGAACUCUUUUUCUCCUAAUGAAUAGUUUAUAUACUAUGGCACAUAGAGCAGGCAGACUGUCUUUUUCCCUGGCCAAGCCAAAUGCUAGUAGAUUAAGUGGAUGUUCAUUCUGGUUAGGGAUGAAUUAUCUGAUUAAGUUUGUGGGACUUGGGUCUGGCAGCUCUUACAAGACCUUUGGGGGUACCUGUUCUGCUUGGGAACUUGAGUUGUGAUAGGAGUAGAACCUUUUUCCUUUCUUUAGAAAGAGUAUGUAGAUUAUAUGGGAGAAAAGGAUCUGUAAGGUUUGAAUUAUUUGGUAGAUCAGUGGGUCAAGUAGAAGAAAACCCUUCGCAAAGAGCAAUCAGUAUUAUACAAAUGACUCUGAGAAAGGAAAUUCAAGAAAGAUAUUUCAAGAUUGUAAAAAAGGGAAAGUUUUUGUUAAAAAGGCAAGUCUGCAAAGAGUUUAAAUCUGUGAGAUUACUUGAUAAUGGCUCCUGUUUCUAUGUGGGUCCUCUAUUGUCAGCGACUUGUUUUAUGGUCAGUUUUCUCUUUGAAGUGCAGAUCCUCCAGAUGGCACUCUUUCCUUAGCGUGGGAGCAGCACAAGCCAUCCAGACCUAAUCUGUGGAAAUGGAAGCCAAGGAACCUGUCCGUUUUACCCUGAGCUUAUAUUCUGGCCUUGGUCUCCUCCAGAAAGGUCAUCCAGACUCUGAACAACAUCCAUACUUCAAGCUGCAGUAUACUGCAGAACAAUCACUUAGCCUGAUGCUGGAUGACCGUACCCCUAUGGAGGUUCAGUACACAGAGGAGGGCCCAAGACCUGGGAUCUUCACAGCAGAGUUGGGAGACCAGCAGCAACCCAUCUCUCCAGCAGGGUGCUGGUGCUCCAUGCAGCGUGGCUGUGCGGUGCUGGGAGCCCUGGGGCUGCUGGUGGGUGCAGGUGUCGGCUCAUGGCUCAUAGUGCUGUACCUAUGGCCAGCUGCCUCUCAGCCCAUUUCUGGGACGUUGCAGGAUGAAGAAAUGCCUUUGGGCUGCUCAGAGGCCAGCGGUGAGGAAGCUCUGCUCCCUGCACUUCCCAGACCAGUAUCUUUCAGAGUAGACAGAGAGGACUUCUUGCUGGAAGUGCAAGUGAAGGCCCAGUCAGACUGGCACUUGGUCUGCCAUGAAGGCUGGAGCCCUGCCGUGGGGGUGCAGAUCUGCCAAAGCCUCGGGCAUCUCAGAAUGACUUACUGCAAAGGAGUAGACCUGACUGACAACAAGCUAAACAGCUCCCAGCGAUUUGUUCAGCUCUCUUCUAGCCUGGGAGGCUUCCUGGAGGAGAUGUGGCAGCCCAGGCAUAACUGUACUUCUGGCCGAAUUGUUUCCCUCAAGUGCUCUGAGUGUGGAGCAAGGCCCCUGGCUUCCCGGAUAGUUGGUGGGCAGGCCGUGGCUCCUGGGCGCUGGCCCUGGCAGGCCAGUGUGACCCUGGGCUCCCGGCACGUGUGCGGAGCCUCUGUGCUGGCACCACACUGGGUGGUGACGGCCGCACACUGCAUGUACAGUUACAGACUGUCCCGCCUGUCAAACUGGCGAGUGCAUGCAGGGCUGGUCAGCCACAGUGCCGUCAGGCCACACCAGGGGGCUGUGGUGGAGAGGAUCAUCCCCCAUCCCUUCUACAGCACACAGAAUCAUGACUAUGAUGUUGCUCUCUUGCGGCUUCGGACACCGCUCAACUUCUCAGACACCGUGGGUGCCGUGUGCCUGCCAGCCCCGGAGCAGCAUUUUCCGAGGGGCUCACAGUGCUGGGUGUCUGGCUGGGGCCACACCGACCCCAGCCAUACCCACAGCUCGGACACGCUCCAGGACACGGUGGUGCCCCUGCUCAGCACCCAGCUCUGCAACAGCUCCUGCGUGUACAGCGGCGCCCUGACCCCCCGAAUGCUGUGUGCCGGCUACCUGGACGGCAGGGCCGAUGCGUGCCAGGGGGAUAGCGGGGGCCCCUUGGUGUGCCCAGAUGGUGACGUAUGGCGCCUCGUGGGGGUGGUCAGCUGGGGUCGUGGCUGUGCAGAGCCCAAUCACCCAGGUGUCUAUGCUAAGGUAGCCGAGUUCCUGGACUGGAUCCAUGACACUGCUCAGGUCCACUAGCUGGAGGAGAAGCAGCAGCCUCUGAAGCAGAGGGUGUGGGAUCUCCCACCACUGUGCCCGAGAGACACCACCCACAGGCCAGCUGCCUGGCUGCAGGCCCCUCCUCUCAGGCCCUGGUUUCAGAAUCUUUCUUUGUCACCAGAGAGGCUCAAUGGCAGGAGAGAGGCUGGGGCUGGAUUGAGAAUGGUGCAGGGAGGGAGAAGGAUGAGAGGCAGGAGCUGGAGACCAAAAUGCUGCUGGAAGCAGCUGGGAGCCUGACAUUCUGCCCUCCCCAGCCCCUGUGCAUAUAUUUUGGAAGGGUGUUCAGGGAUGCCCCCCAUCCUUUCUCCCUGUGCCCUCAGACAGGCCUCCCUGGAGGAUUCCCUGGCUCAGAAGCUUCUGGGCAGAUGGAAUCCGGCUGGGCCUGCCCAGAUUAAGCCCAUGGGAGUCAGGAUCCUCUCCACUCCCAUUGGUCUUACUGCUUCCUGUUCUCACCUGGCUCUCAGUGCCCCUGCCACAUACCACAUGCCACUGGAAAACAAGGAGGAUGGAGUCAGUACAGGUGUUGGUUUUAAAAUGACAGUUCUGUGAGCUUGUCCAGGGAGUUCUGUUAUUAAAGUAAUGUGUGGUUUUGGUCAAAUUCUCUCUUUCUCUCAUACAUGCCCCCCCCCCACAUAUGUUUAGGGAUAGAAUUACAAUUGUCCUCUCAUAUAUGUUUCUUGAAGCAUUGACUCUGACUCCUGCUCAUGUACCUGAGAAUUUUGGCAUGUGCUUUAUAAAAAAAUGCUUUAAAUUUGUUUGGUCUGCAAUGAAAAGCCUCAGGUGUUCAGGUGCUCUGAGGCUUAGAGUCGGAGAACCACUUAAGCCAGUGCCCUCUUAGGGAAGGUUUGGUUUCCCCCACAGGGCUCAUCUGCCCUCAGCUCUUUGUUUCAGAAAUAAACCGUUUGGCUUGGGGAGAUCUCUUUCUGAGUUUAUGCCCAGUUAGCUAUUUUCUGGUUAAGCAUCUCCCCUCCUCUCUCCUCUGUAGCAAUUAAAAUGCAAUUGGUAUCUGGCUUUGAAAAACUGCAAUGAACUUUUUUAUGGUGCUUACCCAAAGAAAUACAAUGAUUGCUUAGCCCAAACAGAAGUUUGUGAGUUUAUCGGCACAUUUUUUGAAAGGUUGUACAAUUGAUUAUUCAUUCCUGGAGGGUCUACUCCCUUUACGUGUAUUGCACUAAAAAAUAAAGGCCUUAAUUUGCUGUCAGUUCAUUACCUUGGGAAGAGGUUGCUAGGAGUCUGCUGUCAAAUUGCAGAAGCAUCAUGGAGGAGGUUUUUUUUGUGUGUGUGUUUUGUUUUUUCCA